CCGGGAGCGGGGACGCCGGUGGCUCCGGGCAGGGGCCGCCGCCGAAAGAUGCCGGUCCGCAGGGGCCACGUCGCUCCCCAGAACACUUACCUGGACACCAUCAUCCGCAAGUUCGAGGGCCAAAGUCGGAAGUUCCUGAUCGCCAAUGCUCAGAUGGAGAACUGCGCCAUCAUUUACUGCAACGAUGGCUUCUGUGAACUCUUUGGCUACUCUCGAGUGGAGGUGAUGCAGCAACCCUGCACGUGCGACUUCCUCACAGGCCCCAACACACCAAGCAGCGCCGUGUCUCGCCUAGCGCAGGCCCUGCUGGGGGCUGAGGAGUGCAAGGUGGACAUCCUCUACUACCGCAAGGAUGCCUCCAGCUUCCGCUGCCUGGUGGACGUGGUGCCUGUGAAGAAUGAGGACGGGGCCGUCAUCAUGUUCAUCCUCAACUUCGAGGACCUGGCCCAGCUCCUGGCCAAGCGCAGCAGCCGCAGCUUGUCCCAGCGCCUAUUGUCCCAGAGCUUCCUGGGCUCCGAGGGCUCUCACGGCAGGCCGGGCGGACCAGGGCCAGGCAUGGGCAGGGGCAAGUACAGGACCAUCAGCCAGAUCCCGCAGUUCACGCUCAACUUCGUGGAGUUCAACUUGGAGAAGCACCGCUCCAGCUCCACCACGGAGAUUGAGAUCAUCGCGCCCCAUAAGGUGGUGGAGCGGACACAGAAUGUCACUGAGAAGGUCACCCAGGUCCUGUCCCUGGGCGCGGAUGUGCUGCCCGAGUACAAGCUGCAGGCGCCGCGUGUCCACCGCUGGACCAUCCUGCAUUACAGCCCCUUCAAGGCCGUAUGGGACUGGCUCAUCCUGCUGCUGGUCAUCUACACGGCCGUCUUCACACCCUAUUCAGCUGCCUUCCUGCUCAGUGACCAGGAUGAAUCGCGGCGUGGGGCCUGUGGAUAUACCUGCAGUCCCCUCACUGUGGUGGAUCUCAUCGUGGACAUCAUGUUCGUCGUGGAUAUCGUCAUCAACUUCCGCACCACCUAUGUCAACACCAAUGAUGAGGUGGUCAGCCACCCCCGCCGCAUUGCCGUCCACUACUUCAAGGGCUGGUUCCUCAUCGACAUGGUGGCCGCCAUCCCUUUUGACCUCCUGAUCUUCCGCACCGGCUCCGAUGAGACCACAACCCUGAUCGGGCUAUUGAAGACAGCGCGGCUGCUGCGGCUGGUGCGCGUGGCACGGAAGUUGGACCGCUACUCUGAGUAUGGGGCGGCUGUGCUCUUCUUGCUCAUGUGCACCUUUGCGCUCAUUGCACACUGGCUGGCCUGCAUCUGGUACGCCAUCGGCAAUGUGGAGCGGCCCUACCUGGAACACAAGAUCGGCUGGCUGGACAGCCUGGGUGUGCAGCUUGGCAAGCGCUACAACGGCAGCGACCCAGCCUCGGGCCCCUCGGUGCAGGACAAGUAUGUCACAGCCCUCUACUUCACCUUCAGCAGCCUUACCAGCGUGGGCUUCGGCAAUGUCUCACCCAAUACCAACUCCGAGAAGGUCUUCUCCAUCUGCGUCAUGCUCAUUGGCUCCCUGAUGUACGCCAGCAUCUUCGGGAACGUGUCCGCGAUCAUCCAGCGCCUGUACUCGGGCACCGCGCGCUACCACACGCAGAUGCUGCGCGUCAAGGAGUUCAUCCGCUUCCACCAGAUCCCCAACCCGCUGCGCCAGCGCCUGGAGGAGUACUUCCAGCACGCCUGGUCCUACACUAAUGGCAUUGACAUGAACGCGGUGCUGAAGGGCUUCCCGGAGUGCCUGCAGGCUGACAUCUGCCUGCACCUGCACCGCGCGCUGCUGCAGCACUGCCCGGCUUUCAGUGGCGCCAGCAAGGGCUGCCUGCGCGCGCUAGCCGUCAAGUUCAAGACCACGCACGCGCCGCCUGGGGACACGCUGGUACACCUCGGCGACGUGCUCUCCACGCUCUACUUCAUCUCCCGAGGCUCCAUCGAGAUCCUGCGCGACGACGUGGUCGUGGCCAUCCUAGGGAAGAAUGACAUCUUUGGGGAGCCCGUCAGCCUCCAUGCCCGGCCAGGCAAGUCCAGUGCAGACGUGCGGGCUCUGACCUAUUGCGACCUGCACAAGAUCCAGCGGGCAGACCUGCUGGAGGUGCUGGACAUGUACCCGGCCUUUGCGGACAGCUUCUGGAGUAAGCUGGAGGUCACCUUCAACCUGCGGGAUGCAGCCGGGGGCCUCCACUCAUCCCCCCAACAGGCUCCUGGUAGCCAAGACCACCAAGGUUUCUUUCUCAAUGACAACCACUCAGAUGCAGCCGGUCCCCUGAGCAUCUCAGAUGCAUCUGGCCUCUGGCCUGAGCUGCUGCAGAAAAUGCCCCCAAGGCACAGCCCCCCAAGCCCUCAGGGAGACCCAGAUUGUUGGCCUCUGAAGCUGGGCUCCAGGCUAGAGCAGCUCCAGGCCCAGAUGAACAGGCUGGAGUCCCGCGUGUCCUCAGACCUCAGCCGCAUAUUGCAGCUCCUCCAGCAGCCCAUGCCCCAGGGCCAAACCAGCUACAUUCUGGAAGCCCCUGCCUCCAAUGACCUGGCCUUGUUUCCUAUAGCCUCGGAGAUGACGAGUCCAGGGCCCAGGCUACCCCAGGGCUUUCUGCCUCCUGCGCAGACCUCAAGCUAUGGAGACUUGGACGACUGUAGUCCAAAGCACAGGAGCUCCUGCCCCAGGAUGCCUCACCUGGCUGUGGCAACGGACAAAACUCUGGCACCAUCCUCAGAAGAGGAACAGCCUAAGGGGCUCUGGGCACCCCUGGCCUCACCUCUGCAUCCCCUGAAAGUACAGGGACUCAUCUGUGGUCCCUGCUUCUCCUCCCUCCCUGAACACCUUGGCUCUGUUCCCAAGCAGCUGGACUUCCAGAGACAUGGCUCAGAUCCUGGAUUUGCAGGGAGUUGGGGCCACUGAACUCCAAGAUAAAGACACCAUGAGGGGAUUGAAGGUGGGCAAGGUGAGAGUUAAGGGUCUUGAGGAGGUGGCCGGGUGCAGUGGCUCACACCUGUAAUCCCAGCACUUUGGGAGGCUGAGGCAGGUGGAUAACGAGGUCAGGAGAUCAAGACCAUCCUGGCUAACAUGGUGAAACCCUGUCUCUACUAAAAAUAAUAAAAAAAAAAUUAGCCAGACGUGAUGGCGGGCGCCUGUAGUCCCAGCUACUGGGGAGGCUGAGGCAGGAGAAUGGUGUGAACCCGGGAGGUGGAGGUUGCAGUGAGCCGAGACUGCGCCACUGCACUCCAGCCUAGGUGACAGAGCGAGACUCCGUCUCAAAAAAAAGAGGAUCUUGGGGAGGCAGACAGCCUCCCAGAUGGGCCUCUUCUAAUCUCCUCAAGUAGCUACAAACUGCUGAUCCAGGUGAGCCAGGAUGGCGUGGGUGAAGAGGCUCAGGACUUUUCCCAGCCUCCUCCAGGGCUCCAUUUAAACAGCAAGCCUGGUGGAGGGUGGGAGAGUCUCAGGUGUGGAGGCAGCUCACAGGAUGGAGGGGGCAGUGAAGAAAGAAGUUUCUGAUCUACACGAGUACCUUGCUCUGAGCCUCCCAGCUCAGAACCCUCCAGCACCUCAUGGCCCAGCACCAAGGCCCAGGGUUGGUCACCAUGAUCACUCUUACCAUGAGACUCCAACCUGGCUGGAGAUGGAGGUGUCUUCUGUGGUAGACAUGUCAGGACAGACCUCCAGCCCUCUGCUUCUGAUGGUUCUGUGACAUUGGGUCUCUUGAGGGCAGUGGAGUGUCACACAGCUAAUAAAGUGCACAUUUCAUGUUGG